GCUAUCAUCUUUGAAAGAUAGAAAAAGCUUCGACAUCCUGGCAUUCUCAGCCUUUCUAGCCCUCAGCUCAACUUCCGGAGUCUCAAUCAUCUCGAGCUUGCAACCUCCGAGUCAACUACGCCGCCAUCAACCUCCAUGUCUUUGCGAGGCUUCCAAAUAAAACGAAACCCUGCAAUCACCGAUUCCUAUGAUCCCUGCGCCGGGAUUGAAUUCGAUCCUCCACGUGACUCGGACGAGCUAUUCGAUGCCUUGAAAGCCGCUUAUCCUCGUCGGAGAACUCACAAGGCGCGAAUCAGAGAAGCAAUUAUCGAAUUCCUAGUCACUGAGCGAGAGGCAUCGAGGUCGCGAAGUGGAAGUCCGGUGGCCUCGACACGUGACAGUGACCGCAGGGGGGAUAUUGAGCAUGUAAUAGAAGGACCCAAUGGAGCUGUUGUAUCAGAUAAAAUAUCUCGAGAUUUCGAUACGCAAGGUAGCAAGAAGGAAAGUACUGCGGCUAUUACGAGACCUGACCCGACCCCAGCUACCACACGCUCGUUGGACGAUGGAGUCGCAAAACCAUCGAAGCAGACGAGUCAAGAAAGAUCAAUCGCUGUGCAGUCCUUGGCUGCUACAAGGGUUGCAGUAAACGAUCUAACAAUCGUCUGGAGCUCUGUCGACGGUCUGGCGCGAAAUGCAAGGGUUAAGCGUAUCAUGACUGACGAAGAGUUGGAGCAAUACCGGCUCCGGAGGGUUAUCGGAGCGUGUAAAGUUUGUAAAGCAAAGAAGCGCAAGUGUAAUCAUGGCGAUCGACCUCCAGCAAGCCCUCCUGACGUGGGAGUAAAGACAUCGAAGCCGCAAGCAAUUUCUACAUCUGAAGCGCCGGAGGCUUCAGCCCGAGAUGUGCAACAGAAUCAUGCUUCCGUAUGCCAAAGUGAAGCCACACAGGUUGAUUCCAAUGAGAAUCGCGGGGACGAGCGCACAGAAAAGCCACUAGUCAACACCCAACAGACUUUAUCAGCACAUGAUAGCAAAUUCGAUUCCAACGCUUGGAUACUAGGUGUAAUAGAUGGGUUCACUGAGAUUGACUCGUCCAUAAAUGCACUAGGAUGCACAAAGUCACCUCCACCACUUCAACCAGCACAUCUUCCUGCGCCACACCACCCCGUUGUGGAUCUAAGAUAUCCAGAGCCAGCUAGCCCGAUACGAAUCGACCAUAAUAUCAACAUCCCAAGAACAGAUGCAAUUAAAAAGCCACAUCAAGCAUAUCUCCAAAAUGAGGCAUUAUCACCUGGAUUACCCCAGUUCAUUUCCCCUGCCGAGCUUGAUGCAGAGCCGGUUUCACAAUUACCCAUCGUGAAUAGCAACAUUAAAUCGUCAAAAAGUCCAUCCAAACUCUCGGCCCUCUCUGUUAAAUUGUUCCGAAAGUCUAGUCCAGCGAACAGCAAAGCAGAUCAUGCGGACAAACCGAAGGACCUCCAAAAAGCCGGACGUAAGGAGCAGAGUUCAGCCAAAAACAGUCUAAAACGCCUCUUCAGUCCGAGACAUAAGAACCCUCUGGAUGAUCUCUACCUUACGGAGCCAGAUCCGCACCCAAAGUCCAGCUUCUUCUCAGCAGAAAUGCCACCUCUCCAGCCUCGGAGUUACAUGGAAUCACACCAAUUACAGCCCCACGGUAGCCAUCACUCAGCUUACAAGCAUUCUUCAAGUUUUGCUACGUACGACAUGGUUCGCGCCAGAGUUGCUCCACACGAAAUGGCGCGCGCCAGAUUUCCUCCAUACGAAAUGGCGCUCGCCAAUGAACUUGAUACGAUACUUUAA